AGCUUAAAUGUUCGUCGGACUUUACGCGUUUCAGGCGGAGUUCGGAUCUUAAAACAUUUGGCACAACUUUCCUCACCACUCCACUUCUUCGUUCACAUAUUUGAACCGCUUUGGAGGAGUAACAACUCGUGGAAUAUCUAGAUUUUCGGCUCGUUUUUUUGCCAGUCUUAAUUACACACAGCAUUUUAACAGCCACCCUACCUCCUCACAGUGGAAGCGCUCCCGGACAGGAGAGACAAGUUUUCUGGUUACUUUCCAUUUUUUUCCUCGUCGGAUUUUUGGUUUCUGAGGCGCACAUGCGAUGUCACGGACUAGAAGGAAGAAAUGUGCGUGAUUAGUUCUGCUGUUGACGUGCGAAAGUGUGUUUUGUUUUUAUUUUUCUAAACCAGUUGAGCAACUGGCGACAGGACUCUAUAAUCAAUGUGGUGUCAGCUGGAAGGACGCGGGGUCCGGAUCUCACCUAAACGCUGAUACGUCUUGGGAGUGAUGCACUGGCUUCCCCUGGUUGCCAUGGUGAUCGCCUCGGCCCUGCCCUUCCCUCACAACCCCGUGUCCAGGAUUGCUGCCGCGACCACAGAGCCUGGCUUCAAUGAGCGCAGAGAGCACCAUCAGGACGCAGCGGCUCCCCCCGUGGACUACGGCUUCAAUGGAAGUGCCUCACAAUCGGACUACAACAUGGCUGCCGCUCUUAGCCGACACGCCAGCAGACAGGAUCUCCAGAACCCUGAAGAUUUUGUAAAAGAGACUUCCACGUUCAAAGUGGAGCAUCAAGGAACCUACCAGUCACAAAGCAACUCAGGCGGCGAUGGUACAAGCAGUUUGGAUGUUCCCGCAGGAGGAGGAACACUCAGGACCGAGGAUAUAUCCGAGGAUCAUUCUCUACCAAAGGACUACAAAUCUGACAGCAGCAGCAAAGAUUACUCCAGUUUUGUGGAUGUUUCCAAGAAGGAGAACUUUCAGGACUCUACAGCGAGACCACUCCAAGUUUCUGCAGUAGAAAACCAAGAUAUUGCUACUCCUGCUGCUGCACUGAAGGUUCAGAAAGCUCCAACUGCUCCGUCACAGCAGUUUGGAGAUGCAGCAGACAUCCAGCGGACACUGGAAGGAGGUCUGGCUGAGGAGAGCCUGGAGGCAGGGCCAGGUCUGGACGGCUUCCGAGAAGGAGAUGAGAUGUUUCUGGACGCUCACCCUCGAGUCCUGUUCUCGCCGUCCCCGACGCCUCCGAAGCACCCACCUCUCCUGCUGAUGUUGGAGAGCGGCCUGCUGGAGGAGGACGGUGAGGACCAGGAGGACACGGACGGACACAUUGAGGGUCACGGCGACCGAGCCAUUGACCGGAGCACGAUGCCGAGCUACACAGAUGUCAUUCGGCCCGUUAAAAGGAACAAACGCUCGCAUUUAAACGACUGGAGGAGAGGCGAGAAAUCAGUGUGCGAGUCGGAGAACGUUUGGGUAACCGACAAAAAGACCGCCAUCGACUCCCAUGGAAAGACGGUCACCAUCUUGCAGGAAAUCCAGACUCAGGCUGGACCCCUCAAACAGUAUUUCUUUGAGACUCGCUGCCGCAAGGCCGAGCAGCCGAGCGGUGCUGGCAGGUCAAAGGGCGCGGGGGGGAAGUCCACGGAGACGGGCGUGGCCGGAGCCGGCUGCCUGGGCGUGGAUAAGAAACAGUGGAGGAGCGAGUGCAAAGCCAGGGAGUCGUUUGUGCGAGCUCUCACCAAAGAUGCAAACAACAGAACUGGCUGGAGGUGGAUCCGGAUCGACUCGUCUUGCGUCUGCGUGCUGCUGUCCAGAGCGAACCAGCCGGUGGGGAGGGAGAUCCUGAUGGGGAGGGGGAGGGGCUGAACGAGGGAGGAGGGGGGACGGCAGGAAGUAGAAAAUGACACAGAGCAGAGCAGCUGUGACAUCCUUCUGUGUUCACUUUGACUCUCGCUGCAUUAACUUUUUCCAUCGCUGCCUCCCUCCACCAUGACUUUUACUAAAAACAAACAAGACGACCUCAAUACUAGAUCUUAGGGAAAAAAUGUCAUAUAUAGAGAUUUGACUUUUAAGAAGUACUGUUUUUUAUGAUUUAUCUUUCAUAAUCUAAGUUAUUUUUGGUUAGUAUGUAAGCAUGUGUCUUUGAUAUUAAUAUAUUCCUUUAUCUAUAUGUGUACAAUAUGACACCAGUAUACCUUUAUGUAUGAAUCUAUGUAUAUCUGUGUGUAUUUAUAGAGUAAGUCUUCAUGGAGUAGUAGGUCUCUCCAGUGUCUGAUGAUAAUUCCAGCCUCUGGGCUGCUUGGCUUGUAAGAGGAAGCAGCCGCCACCUACUGAGGCUUCAUGUUACUGCUUCAAACUGUGGAUUACCGUGAAUGCUUCCAAACAGUGUGGGCACAUUUUAGCACAGUCAGGCCAAUGAUUUGCUGCAGGAUACAUCUGGGUCUGUGGGACUUGUUAAAUGUGGUUCAUGAAUGUAAAAACGAUGCGGUUGUAAAUGACACAAAUGACACUUAAACAACCUAAUUAUACCAUCUGCUGGUUUGUUCAGUUGGCCUGCCAAGUGUGGUAAUAAAGCAUCUUUGUACUCAG